UCUCUCUCUCUCUCUCUCUCUCUCUCUCUGCAGAUGGUCUCUUAUCUUGAAACAGGAGAAAUAAAGUCUGAAUCUUCUGGACCCUGGAGACAGCGAGGAUGAUGCUGAAUGACAGGUGGACCAUCAUGAACAACAGCAGCUCAGAACUCGACAGCAAACGACCAACCAAUCACAAGAGAUGCUGCAGCUUCCUGUUGUGGUCCGUCGUUACACUGGUCGGCGUAGCAGUGGUUGCCAUCACAACAGUCCUCAUACUGUACCUUAUCCAGUAUCCUCUGCCCUUCAUCAGCAGUAACAGGGGCGGAGUCUCCUCCUCCUCCUCCUCGCCGGUGAUCUCGACCAAUCCCAGAGACUCUGGUGCCCUGGUGUCAGUGUCCCGUGUGACGGACGGUGAGCCAAUCAGCAUCUUCCUAGACCCGAACUGCCCAGACUACAGCGAGAGCUUCCUGCGCUGGGAGGCGCUGCAGAGCUCCCUGCUGCAUGCGCUGACCAAUCACAACUCAGAUGGCUGGCAGGACACGGGAUUGGCCCCCCGGCUGGCCGAGGAGCUGAAGGCGCUGGCGGGACACGCCCACCAUCUCAGGCUGGAAGCUGAUUCGCUGAAGAGAGGUCAGGGUGUUCUGGAGCAGCGGUUCGACGAGCUGCAAAGCGAGCAGAGACGCAUUAUGCAGGUGUUGUCUGGAGGUCAGUCCGAUGUGUCCAAGCUGUCUGCAGGCUUCAGUGAUUCUGUGCUCAGCCUGCAGAGGGAGACAGAGAGUCUGAGGAGACUGACCACAGAGCUGAAGAAAGACUCCAACCACAGAGCUGUGCAGAGACCCAGAGACUGCAGUGAUGUCAUGACGUCCGGUGUUUCUGAGGAAGGAGUUUAUUCUGUGUUUCCAAAACACGACCCUGAUGGCUUCAUGGUUUACUGCGACAUGAGCACUGACGGAGGAGGCUGGACGGUGAUCCAGAGGAGGGAGGAUGGCUCGGUGAAUUUUUUCCGUGACUGGAAGGCGUACCGAGAUGGUUUCGGAAAAACUACAGGAGAGCACUGGCUAGGUCUCCAGAGGAUCUACUCUCUCACCAGGUCUGGAGGUUAUGAGUUACGGAUCGACAUGUCUGACUUCGAUAACGCCACGGCGUUCGCUCUCUACGGAGACUUCUCUGUCGGCCGAGACUCAGUCAACCCCGAGGAGGACGGAUACCCACUGACUGUGGACCAGUACUCCGGGACCGCAGGCGACUCCCUCCUGAAGCAUUCUGGGAUGCAGUUCACCACCAAAGACCGGGACCAGGACCAGUCCGAGAACAACUGCGCGGCAUACUACCAGGGCGCCUGGUGGUACCGGAACUGCCACACCUCUAACCUGAACGGGCAGUACCUGAAGGGAGGCCAUGCCUCCUACGCUGACGGGGUGGAGUGGUCCAGCUGGACCGGCUGGCAGUACUCGCUGCGCUUCACCGAGAUGAAGAUACGACCCAAACAAGGCUCCUGAUUGGCUGAGGGUACGAUACAACCCAUACAAGAUUCCUGAUUGGCUGAGAGAAAGAAACGACCCAGACAAAGUUCCUGAUUGGCUGAGAGGAAGACACAACCCAGACAAGGCUCCUGAUUGGCUGAGAGAAAGAUACGACCCAGACAAGACUCCUGAUUGGCUGAGAGGAAGAUACGACUCAAACAAGAUUCCUGAUUGGCUGAGAGGAAGAUACGACCCAGACAAAGUUCCCGAUUGGCUGAGAGGAAGAUACGACUCAAACAAGACUCCUGAUUGGCUGAGA